UUACACAGAGUGUCAUUCUUUUUUUGCCUUCGUGUUCAAGAACAUCGCAAUUUUUUAUUUCUUUCAAGCGUUAAAAUAUUUUCAUGCAAGAGAAAAAUGAGUCAGAAAACGACUGUAGUUCUAGUAGUGUUGAUCUUGGGGUUAGUUUAUAGCAGUUUAUCUUCAAAUUCCAAAGAAGAUCCUUACGAAAUCCUGGGCGUAAGUCGAUUUUCUUCUCAACAACAAAUAAAGAAAGCAUACAAAAAACUGGCCCGUAACUGGCAUCCUGAUAAGAAUGACAAUCCUGAAGCUCAAGAAAAAUUCAUCAAAAUAAAUGAAGCCUAUGAGAUUCUAUCAAACCCAGAAAAACGAAAAGAAUAUGAUGAUUAUGGCCAUUUUGGUCCAAAUGCACAGCAAUAUACCAGGAGAGAACCAUUCUUUGAUACACAUGGUGGAUUUAGCUUUUUUUUUAAUGAUGGUCCUUCUUCCCAUACACGAAAUGACUUUAUCUCAAAUCAAGUGUAUCAGUCACACAUUUUACCAAACAGUUAUCAGAAGCCAUAUGUCAUUGAAAUCAUCUCAAACUGGUGUUUGCCUUGUAUGCAGAUUGAAGAUACAUGGGACAGAGCAUCAAAUGAUCUCAAGAACUUGGGUGUAGGGUCUGGUGUUAUAAAUAUCAACAGAAAUCCAAGAUUGGUAGAUCAUUUGGGUGUUGAUCAUGUGCCACAGAUCAUUGGCGUCAUCAAUGGACAAGUUUACUUUUUCAAAAAAAGAAUAUCAGUUAGGGAGUUAAAGGAGUUUGUGGUUGAGCUGUUUCCAUUGGAUCUUAUUCAGAGGGUAACCACUAAAAACCUUGACUCCUUUUUGAAUGUUGAUGACAAUAGACCAAAGGUUCUACUAUUUAGUCCAAAGGCUGUGCCAUCAUUGCUCUAUCAUGUUGUAGGCUUUGCCAAUCAAAAGAGACUAAGCUUUGGCUUUGUUAGUACCUCAAACACUGAUGGUGAAAAGCUAAGAAGAAAAUUCAAGGCUCUUCCAAAUGAGCCAUCAGUGAUGAUCUUUAAAGAAGAAAAAUCUGUACCUGAAGUUGUUGUUGAGGGGUCAGAACUAAAGAGUGGAAAACUCCGGGAGAUUGUGGAGAGUAACAAGUAUUUAAUACUUCCAAGGCUGUCUUCCCAAAACGUUUUUCAGGAUUUAUGUCCUGAAGAAAGAUUCAGAUCACAAAGAAAACUUUGUGUCAUCUUGUUCACAAAAAAAGGAAAAAAUGAAGAAGAAAAGAUGAAACUUAGGACAUUAGCAAAAGAGAUCCCUUUCCCAAGUGAACGUGUUCAUUUUGUGUACAUGUAUGAGGAUAUUCAGACUCUAGUGGUUGAAGCCAUGAAAGAUGGUGCUGCCGCUAUUAACACUAAUAAUGGUACAGUCUUAAAGCUGGCCAUCCUAUGGAAUGCUGGCAAUAAUGAGAUUCGUUAUACCUGGUUACCAGGAGGGUGGCAUGUAACUAAGGAACCUACCAUUGAUCCAGCUGUACAACUAAAGGACAUGCUUCACAGUAUCAUUUCUGGCUCUGGAAAAAUGAGAUUUAAGAGCAGAGUCCCUGCAUUCUAUGAUGAAGAAAUACCGGGACCUCUUUUCAGAAUCAUGAAUAAAGUUAAGAACUUCUCAAAAUAUGUUCUUGGUUUAGCUACUAGGUACGUAUUACUCUUGUUUUAUGUUAUACUGCAUAACAACUUAAAGAUAUGCUAUUAUCUCUGUUUAAGGAAAGAAAACAUGUCUAUCAUAACCAUGAUUGUCGCGUUGUUUUUCAUUGGCGCUGUUGGUAUAUUCCUACCUCAAGGAAGCGAUCUCGACAAGCGCAACCCAAAGAGCACGAACAAGCAAAAGACAAAAAGCCAAGGACCUGCAUUAGGUUACGUACAACUAAACAGAUCAACAGAAAAAGAACUAUUGAAGAAUGCUCCACAUGGCCAGUUAACAGUCACGUUACUGUUGGAUAGCGUGACACCUGAAGAAACAGCGUCUUCUCCUCUCAUGCAUGCUUAUAAUGACGUCAUAUCUUGCUAUAAGAGGUAUCAAAAUGCCAGGCUGUUCUUUAGGUUUGCAUGGUUAUCGAUACCAGAAAACCUACAAUGGUGUACUGAGGUCAUGGGUGUGGACAAGUUUGGUCAGAUCAACCCAGGGACCGUGCUAGUCUUGAAUGGAUAUAGAAAAACUGUUUCCGUCUUCAAACCAACCGAUUUGGCAAAAAACGAGUACUUCAAUAAUCUAGAAGGAGACAUGAUGGGGUUCGAAGACAGUGACGAAAGUGAGACAGAAACUCAAAGUGAUUCACUCCAAGGAUAUGAAAGAAUGAGACGGAAAGCGUUGAGUUUGUCGUUGCGAAGAGAGUUACCAUCAUGGAUAGAAAAGCUUACCGAGGGACUCAUAAAGAAACAAAAACUAGAUGAAUGGCCAGUAAUGGACGAAUAAAGAAAAAAACACUUUUAAAACAUUUAAAAAAUUAUACAUAACAGUGAAUCCCAUAAUAACUCUAUUUAAGCCGUUUCCGUCUGGAGCAAACAGGAAUGGUGUCUUAAAUAUUGAUAUUCUUGUUAUAGGUUUCAUUUGAAACCAUGUUAUCUUCUACUCGGUUGCGCCUUGCGUUUACACGGUUGCAUAUGUAGUGAAGCCGUGAUGUUUUUAUUCCCGCAACUUAACCUUGCUCAGUGACGCGUAUUGACUUUCUUUGUAGUUUUGGUCAUACUAACCUUUCCCUAGUCCUGAUCUACAAAAACAAUAAUAGCACCAUAAAUAACGACAAACAGACCCAUGUACCAUGUUUGUCUCGUGGUGAUGAAGCAGACACCGUAGGUGUAGGGAACUGACACAUCUUAUCAAAAUCGCAGUUAUUACUGAUUGGUUCAUAACACGAGAGAAAAGUUUGAAAGCUGCACAAGCUACCAUUACCACAGCAAGGCAGAACUGCUGGCCUUUCAUUUAUCAACAAUUGAACCAUGUGAUUUGGCUUCUUUUCACACUUGUACAACACAAAUGCCAUAUUAGCAGACAUUGGAACAUUCCUAGAAAUGCGGAACGUACGAUCUCUUUGUUCUGCAAAAUUGUUGGCUUUUAGUUGGACAGAGUCAUUAUACAUGCCGAGAAUAGACUGCAAGGCUGUCAUAGUUCCGAUGUGAGUAAACCUGAAAAUACCAUACGGAUAAGAUUGGUUUUGGGUUACAAAAGCUUUGAGCGAGUGUGUGAUAUCAGCAAGAAGAGGGCAGUUGGUUCUGUAGCUUAUCUCAUUGCCGUAAGAAUGACGGUAAUAUUGGUUGAUAUCGUCGUAAUAUGCUAGCACUUCAAGGUCAUCUUUAGUGAAUACAGAGCACCAGUCUCUGUUCUCCUGGUUCAUAGUGGCAAAGGCACACAACCAGAAUAGCUUCUGCACGGAUUCAGCCGAUAACUCGAUUUUUCCUUUUAGUUGCAAUCUCCCCUCGAUAUUCUUGAUGACUGUUUUCAUGGGAUCACUGAGUCCAAACUUUUGCCACUCUUCAAGUCCAUUGCCAUCUUUUAUUUCCCGCUUGUACCUGGAACAUGUGUCGUAGUAUCUUAGGACCUUGUCUUUGUCUUUAAGACCCGAGAAGAUGAUACCAAUGGGUUGAUAUUUGUUUAGACCAAGAGUUCCUUUCCCUUCAAACAAACCAUAACCAAAUGUCGAAGCACUCUUCGCCGUUCGCGGGGUACCAGACGUUACAAAUGUAUAAAAUUUGUUCCAAUAUUUCUGGACGAAAAGUCGAGGAUAUUUUUUCUUGAAUCGUUUUGCUAGUUCAUAUAUCUCUUGGUUUCCAGCAUCAGACUGUUCGCAGUUUCCAGCUAUGUCAUACUCGUGAGACAGAUUCCAAGGUAAAGUGAGGUUGUUGUACUUGUAAGGCUUGGACUCAUGUAGCUGGUUUAUCUUCUUUAAUAAAUCAACAAUAGCUAAUGUAUAAUCCGUGCACGGAUAACGCGAUCCAUGGCGAAGCACCAUGUUUAGUUGGACGGCCGUGCAGCCAGAAGGUUCAGAAACGUUAUUCAAAUCACCUGGGUGAUAAGGAGUUUUGCUGCUGUACGAUAACUCUGGCUCAGUGUUGGCCACGUGAAACACUAAAACAGUUAUCAGGAACAACACUUUGGUAGAUAUUGGCAACAUGUUUCUUGUUCUUGUUGAAGCUACAACGUACCCGAUGACUGCUCUCUGUUCUUGUCAGUGGUGUAGUCAUGACAACAUACCCACGUAGUUCAAACCGGAUAUUACUCUACAUCAUGAUUCUGAUGGGAUGUGACAGAUCUCUACACCUACGAAGGUGUCUGCUUCAUCACAUACAAGCAUGGUACAUGGGUCUGUGUGUUGUUAAAUAAAAUAGUCCUUUUAUUGUU